AUGUGCGGCUUAGAUUCUCGAGCUACGUCCAUUGGGCAGUUCAUCCACAUCUUAAGCAGUAGGCUACAUUUAGCUCCUGGAAAAGCUUUAUUUGUAUUUCUUGCUAACACGGGAUAUAAAUUGACAGCAAGUCUUAUGGAUAAGGUGUACGAGUCCUACAAGGAUGAUGACGGGUUCCUGUACAUGUUUUACAGCAGCGAGAAGACCUUUGAAUAA